UAUUGAACGUUCAAACUUGAAUGGAGAUAGGGUCCUAGUUAGUACCGUCCGUUAAAGUCAUUAAGGUUUUUGGAAAAAGUAUCCUUUAAUAUCAUCGUAUAAAUGAUACGAUGACAAUGGAAGAUAUUAAUUGUGAUAUUGCGCAUAUUCUUCAGAACAGGGACUUUAACGUUUUACAAAAUUUAGUGACUCAUUAUUAUAAUUUCCGUAUAAAACUUGCCGCCAAAGUAGAAGACGCAACUGCUUAUGAAAUUGAAUGUAAAGAGAAAAGGACAUUAAGCUUAAAUAAAAUAUCAGAAUUACAACAAGAAAUUGAAAGAUUGAAAUCUGAAAUAGAUGCCACAAAACUACAACAGAAAAUAUUGGAUAAAAAGAUUUUAAAUGCAAGUAAGCAACAAGAAAAAUUAAAAGAGGAAGUAGACAAUGCUAAAACAAAGAGGGAUAGCUUAUCCCUUGAAAUGAUUGAUUUAAACCAAGAAUCUGAAAAACGGAAAGAAAAUAAAAUUUUAACAUGGAAUGCUAUUAAGCGUGCAUGUCAUAUUUACAAGCAGUAUCUAGAUUUUCGUAUAGACUUACUUGAUCCUAAGGAAUAUGAACGUGUACAAAUUUCUUUUUUUACACACAACGAAGAUUUCUGUAACAAAUAUUUUGUACGCUUGAUCAAUUCUAAUAACCAGUGGAGAGUGGAAGAAAUUCAACCAAUGCUCAAGACGGAGUAUUUUAACGAUUUUAAAGGGAUUGUUGACUUUUCUACACAGUCAGAAAUUAUAGAUAUUACAGCAUUCCUCUGUAAAUUGAGACACAUUUUUGUAAAAUACUAUUUAAAUAUCUAAUGAUAUAUUUAUAAGUAUAUACAGUAUAUCCGUUCUAUUCGUCUGUAGUCAAAUAUUUUAAUUAUAAGAGUUGUUUGGCAUGAUGUGGCACAUUUAGUAAGUUGUUUCAAUUUCAUUUUACACUGUUAUGUAAAAAGAUUUCAAGGUAAAUACAAUUUUUUUAAAUGGAACUACUAUUUUCAUGAAUAUCAGUUUAUUGUAUUUUACAAGAUGAAUUCAAUGAUGUGUAUAACGUUUACCUCUUAUUAUUACGUAUCGACUAUUUUUAUAAAUAUUUGUAGGGAGCUUCGGCUUCAGCAGAUCUUUUAUGUCCUGUGAGUGUCUAAACAAUUAAAUGUCGUCUCUAUAUCGCAAAUUGUACUAAUUUAAAGUAUUUAAUGAUGAUAUGUAUUAUUUAUUAGUAAAAAAUUACAUUGACUCUGAAAUCUCUUUAAGUAACAAUGUAAAAAAAAAUCGAAACAGCUUACUAAAUGUUCGUCAUCAUGCUGAACAGCUCAUCUGAAAUAUUUUUUCGUAUUUUCAAUAAUUACGGAAAUAUUUAACUGUACACGAAUAAAAUGGAUAUACGGUAUAUAAUACAAGAUAGCUCAAAUGUUUGUUACAAAGUUCUAAGGAACACUUUCAUGAAAUUAAGGAAUUUAUACAGUUUGACAACAAUUAAGGCUAUUUGUUAUAAGAUUAAAGCCUUUAUUAAUAAAAACUAAGAUACCUAAAACGUCUAUUACAUGUAUAGAAUUUGUAGUACCAGACGUCACGAACUUAACAUUAGUAUCUUAUUAAAAUAUAUUUAUUAUUAGUACAAUAA